UAUACAUUAAACAAAUUGAACCAUACAUUAUGGAAAGACCGAAGGACAUGGAAAAGUGCAAGCAACUUCUCCAGCAGCCAUUGCACACUAUAAAGGGUCUGUUAGCUUUAAAGAUUUGGUUACGAGUAAAGGAAGCUUUUGGCCAAGUUUAGACGAUCCGUCAAGAGACUAAUUUACUGUUAGUGGGAGACAACCGACUUCAAACCAUCACGGAGUAGAGAAAGAGAUAGGAGAGAGAACGACCCUUGCCGCCCAAGUCAUUAGGGGGGGGGGGGGGAAGCUGAGCAAAACUUCCUAGUUAAAACUGCAGAAAUUGGGUAACUUUUAACGUUUGUUUACAUUUUCACAAAAUAAACGUGCUUCCUAAGCUGAUUCUCUCUUUACGAGCAUAACUUCUCAUUUUCUCAGCCAAAGCUCAGACAACAAGCCCUUCGAUUCCAUAGUUUAGGAAUCAAGCCAUUCUUGCAUUUUCUAAGGCAAGUUUUGCAAUAGAACUGCCAACCAAAGGUUGGUGUUGGUCUCAUCUUGUGGAUAUGGAUCGUGGCGUAUCGGCAGAAGAUGGCAGCAUUCGUUUGCCGGUUGAUGAGCUUCGCAGGCUCAGCGAAAGCUAUGGCUCUGCAACCAUUUUCGAGCCUCGGAGUGGCAUAGAAAAUAGAGACAGUGGCAAUGGCGAUUUUCUUUCUCCAACAUUACCAGCAGUACGUGCACCGGAGAAGAAACUCACUCUCUUUGCUCUUCGCGUUGCAAUUUUUGAGAAGGCAGCUACUGGCCUGGGAGCCCUCGGGUUUAUCUGGGCAACAGUGGUUCUUCUUGGAGGUUUUGCAAUUUCUUUGGAUAAAACAGAUUUCUGGUUUAUCACCAUUAUCUUGUUGAUCGAAGGGACUCGAAUAUGCGGCAGGAGCCAUGAGCUUGAAUGGCAACAUCAAGCCACCUGGUCAAUUGCUGAUGCUGGGAUCAAAAGUUUCUGGGCAUUGAGAUCCAGCUCACGCUUUAUUGUUGAAAUUGUGAAAGCACUUUUUCGGUCAAUAACACGAGUUCGAAAGCAGAGUCCACAUGGCAGAGAAAUAAGGGAGAAUCCUGAUGCAGCAAGGAACUGGGAUGGCAGGAGGAAGCUAAGUCGGACAUGGACAAGUUCAGAUGUUCCUAUUCUACCAUAUGCUCAAUGGGUUUUUCUUUCAAGAAAUGUCAGCAGGGUUCUCUACUGGCUACAGCUUGCAUCUGCAUCAGCCUGUGUGGUUUUGUCAUUGAUGAAACUCAUCAAACAUAACUAUGGUGAGAUUGAGAAAGGGGAUACUGACAAGAGGAACCUAAAAGCUGCCCUGAAUAUUUUCUACUCUUUGGCUUUAGCGGAAGCUCUUUUGUUCCUGAUGGAAAAAGCUUACUGGGAGUGGAAGGUAAGCUACUGUAAACUGUUGGAAGAGGUGAGAAAAGAGUGUGAUUUGGGGCUUUCAGGCUCGGUUUCAAUCAGAAGGUUCUUAUACGAUGCCUACUCCAGGUGCGUUGAGGGAAGCAUCUUUGAUGGCCUGCAAAUGGACAUGGUUACUUUUGCUAUGGACCUAUUGGCUUCCAAUUCUGCCGAUGAGCAGCUCAUUGGAGCUCGGGUCCUUUGUCAAUUUACAAUGAAUCCUCGGUUUUCUGAUGAUACUCUCCAAAAGAUUGGGACAAAUAUAUCGGUGAUAGAACGAUUAGUGGAGAUAUUGAACUGGAAAGACCCACAAGAAGAAGAGAUCAGGAGGUCAGCUGCGGAGAUACUAUCAAAACUAGCCGGAAAAAAGCAAAACUCCCUACGUGUCGCUGGAAUUCCUGGUGCAUUAGAGUCAAUCUCAUCUCUUCUCCAAACCAAUAGAACCUUCAGCACCACGGCUGAUGAAAUUGGUGAAAAGACAAUCAUCCGUGAUCAUGCACAUUACGGAUUCUGGACAUUCAAUCAGUUAGGGCUUCUUAUCUUGAAGAAGCUUGCUCGUGACCUUGAUAACUGUGGGAAGAUUGGAAAUACAAGGGGCCUCCUACCAAAAAUCAUUGAUUUCACACAUGCAGAAGAGAGGUUGUUGAAAGAUGAAAAUGUCACACCAUCUCAGAUUUUGACAGUGAAAAGUUCUCUGCAACUGGUGAAGAUGCUGGCAAGCACGAUAGGCACUACAGGCAAUCAUCUUAGAAGAGAAAUUUCAGAGAUGGUUUUCACCGUCAGCAACAUUAGAGAUAUUCUACGGCAUGGAGAAAAACAUCCAAUGUUACAAAAGCUCGGCAUAGAGAUAUUAACCAGUCUGGCACUAGAAGAGGAUGCAACAGAGAGGAUUGGGGGAGCAGGUGGAGUUCUUAAGGAGUUAUUCAACAUUUUUUUCAGCCAAAGAAUUCCUGAAAAUCAGAAUCAUGUAAGAAUUGCUGCAGGAGAAGCUGUAGCAAUGUUGGCCUUAGAAAGCAGAAGGAAUUGUCUUCGCAUUUUGAAAUUAAGAGCACUGGAAAGGCUUGUUGGAGCACUAGAGGUCCCAUUGCUUCGGGUAAACGCUGCAAGAAUUCUACGAAACUUGUGCACCUACAGCGGCUCAGAUUGCUUCGACCAGUUGAAGGGAAUCACAGCUGCUGUACCCACGGUGCUGAAUGCAGUUAUGUCAGAGGAGAACAAACUACAAGAAGUAAUGGUUGGCCUAGCGGCCGAAGCUUUCAAAUUCAUGACUUCUCAAGAAUCUAGCACCAUGUUUAAUAAAGCUGGAAUAAAGGAGGCUGAAUUAGCUAACAAAAUACUCCAGAUUCUCAGAAGGUACCAAAAUCCAUCAGUCAAAGUUCCAAGAAUAAGAAGGUUUUCCAUAGAGUUGGCGAUUUGGAUGAUGCAAAACAACGCAGCAAAUGUGCAUACUUUCAAAGACUUGGGGUUGGAGAAAGAAUUGGAGUGGGUUUUAGAAUCCACGGCCGAAGUUGAAAGCUUCAACAUAUUCUCCGGGACUUUUGGGCUGAGCCGCCACAGCACAACUAUUCACUCACUGGUUGAAACUGCAAUGCAGUUGUUGGAAGACAGGUAAAAUUGUGCGGCAGAGACUUCCAAACAAGGUACUCUUGUGAAUAUGAAAGCACCAAGUUAUAGGAGAUAUCUUUUUUUUUUUCCUUAUGUAGACAAUAUGCAACUGUAUAAGCUAUGCAAAUAAUGGAAUCAAGUUGUUGGUCUUUACCAGCAAGGUUCUUAAUGGGAUCAUGUUGCAUUUGCUAAAGAAUAUUUUAUGAUCAAUUACAAUAAAGAUAAAUGCAACGUACAAUGGAAA